AUCAAAUUAUAGUUGCUUUGCUUAUAAAAGGCAUCUUUUUUGUACUCGUAUUUCUGUCACUAUGCAUGUGCAUUUGUAAACAUUUCUUUCCUGUUGUCUUUUUUUCCCACAGUUUUUCAAUCGGCCAAUCCAUCUGCAAUUCAAUACACUAUCACUUUAUAACCACAUUUCUCGAGAAUGGCGACUCAAAGCGCAGCGUCCCCAGAGGCAACGCCAGAAUUGACACUGACAACCGUGACCAAGCAGAGCAAAACGAAGCAGCAGCAGCGCACCACAAACAAGCCAGCCAGGCUUUCCAAAGAUGCACAGUUGAGGAAACUAAAAGUGAUCAAAGAGAGCGUGCGCACAAAGGCGCAGUACGAGAGCCUCACUUUGCGGUGGCAGGAAAAGCUGCUUGACCCGACAUCCGAGGCGCAACUCAAGCAGGCCUCCCGCUACCUCACACCUGAAGACUUUGAAAGCGUUAUUGAGGAGCGCACAUCGGACAACUUGUGUGGCUACCCACUGUGCGGCAAUAAGCCCAGAAAGUCUGUGCAGCGGUAUCACAUUUCGCUGGCCAAACGCAAGGUGUAUGACCAGGAGGAGCUGCGCAGCUACUGUGGUGAUAGGUGCAUGGUGGGGUCUCGGUUCUACAAGCAGCAGCUAUCAGAGGAGCCCAUUUACAUGCGCGAUCGGAACAGCAAGAUCGAUAUUGAGAUUAUGCCGCUGAACCUCGAGGAGCUCGUUCCAAAGGCCGCCGGCGCUGGUGCGGCCAAUGUCGACAAGUCGUUGAUAGACUGGUAUCGCGAAUCGCUGUUGGCCAAGAUGCGCAUAACUAAGGCCGUUGCCGAUGCCAACCCGCUUCAAAUUAUCGAGCAUGAGUCUGGCCCCGCGAUCUUUGACAUCGACGAGCGUUUGGGCAAGAUGCAGUUUGCGGAUAUCGACGGUUUUGCGCCUGAGGCCGAUUCUGUGCGAAUCAAAAAGGACAUUGAACGUGUCCGCAGACUAGAGAAAGAAGCUGUGGCAGCAGCAAAAUUGAAGGCAGAAGCCCGUGCCGCCCGUGCCGAAAAAACUGACGGCAAGGGUGACAACAGCGAGGUGCUGGUAAUUGUGCCAAAGGGUAGAGAUGUCGAUCCGCAAAAAAUCCUUCAGCCUUUUGAUUCGGCCAGCGAGGAUGAUUACGAUGACGACGAAGUUGAAGACGAAGAUGACCACAACGAUAAUUUUGGUGGGUUGGACUUUAAAGUUGCCACGGUUGCUCCUUCCAAAGAUAACGGUCAUUUCUCAAGCGUGUUUGGCAAUGGCAAUGGCAAAGGCGCGCCUCCGCUGUCGCUGUUUGGGCGCAUGUGGACGCUGCUCGCAUACGCAGACGGCGAGCCGCAGCGGAUUAAUGCGACCGAGUACUUCAUUUCGCCGGGCGACCAGUCCAUGUCCAUGCGGCAUAAUAUAUUGCUGAAUGGAAUAAUGUCGCAGCUGGACAUUAUUGGCAGCAAGGUAGGGAUUAAGCGUUUUCCACGGAACGAAGUUAGGGUGCUUGUGUCGACACUCGAGCUGGGCAGCAGCAUGGCAGUGUUCAAGAAGCCUGAGGCCCAGCUGUUGUGCAUUGCUUUUAUUUUUGCGCUGGCAAGAUCUAUGGAUGAUCUGGGCGACCUGGUGCUGCCAGGUGGAAGUGGCGACGUGGCAGCAUUGCGGGCGCUUGACGAGAUGCUCGAGGACCUUGGCACGGACGCCAGCUCGCUACGCAUGAUCUCGCGGCGGUUUUGCGAGCCCUACUAAAUGAUUGAGCCGGGGCUGUUUUUAUUAUUCUGCCAUUAAAUAAUCCGAUGUAUUAAAUUGUUGAUCCGAUGGUCGACCUAACUGUCAUAAGAUGACCCAGCAAAUCAAAAUACAUCAAGUGCCAGGUAUUUUGUGACUACACUCGCAGGGACAUGUUUUGAGCCGCCAAGUAGACUUUUGAUUGAAAAUAACUAUAAGACAUCAGCUUAUACAAUUCAAGCCAAACCUCACUGCAGUUGCAAGUUGCUACCCCAGAAUGCGCGCAAACAAAGUUUAGCAUACAUGAAGGGAGUGAGUGAAAUGAACGUUUAAUGAGUAUAUUUAAACGCUAAUUACAAUGAUAAUUUUAACAUAUCUAUAUGCAAGCACAAUACAAAUG